AUGAUGGCCCUAAGCGGCCACCUACUAACCUUUCUUCUAACCUCUACUUUUGCAGCUGUGCCCCAUGUUUUGCACUGCGAUAAUAAUGUCUACUGUAGCAGGAGACCAGGCCGAUCUUGGCACAACAAACGAAAAGUAGCUGAAUUGUUAGCACUUAACGGGGGAAAACCAUUCAGAAGAAACUCGUCAUUAAUAGUUACUCACGAACAAAAAGAGUAUUUAUGUCACGAUGAAUUAUUCACAGGAUUUCUACUAGAUAAAGAUGCUUUGAAAUGGGAAGUUAGCUGUUUAUGGGCAGGCAACGGAAUGCAUGUUGCUUGCGCUCCAGUGCCCGAUAACUACAGUAGUGUCCCAUUUGCGUACAUUCCACCUCCAGUCUGGCAGAAGAAGAUUAGGGAUUUUCGAGUGAAGAUAAGAUGCUCCAAAGAACGAAUUAAUAAAACAUGGCAGAUACCCGAAUUAUUCAUCUGUAACGAAAGAUGCAUUCAAGCUGGAAUCGGCUACGUCCCAAGCCUUAUUAUGCUUUUAUCUUUUUCAAUAGCAUUCAUCAAAAACUGCCUACUAUAACAAAUAAAC